AUGGAAGCCAAAUCACGGUCUCUCAAUGGCCAGGCAGUCCUGGAGGAAGACGAUUACACAGCCGCGUUGUCGCAUAUAAUUGCUCGCGACUUUUUCCCGUCAUUGGUCCAAAAUGCUACGAACGACUAUCGGGACGCCCUAGAAUUGCGAGACCCGGAGCUCAUCAAUGCUUCCGUGCGGCGACUGGAAGAGAUCGGAGUUACUCCUGGCAGACGUUUUGACGAAACUCCAUACGGUGGCGGGCCCUCUGAUACCCCGCUGCGAAGUGCUAGCGGAGAGCCAUUGGCGAAGCGACCGCGGAUCGACCUGAACCUCAGUCUCGACAACUUCCAGGCGCGGUACACGUCAGAGGACAACUCCAGUUUUACCGAAAUUCUACAUGAGGAAAACCGAAAGCGGAAGGAGAGGUAUGGGUGGGCUUGGGAAGCACAGAAACGGGUCGAGGCACAACGAGAGCGCAUGCUGGCUGAUAGGGAAAGACUCUUAUUGGAGCCUCAGUCAGUCGCCGGGAUGAAAGAGAAAUUCAGGAUAGAGGCACCCAAACCCGUUGGCCUCAUUGAAUCGGCUCCGAAAUCAGAGGAGGAGUUGGCAAUAGAGAAGGAAGCGGAAGAGAAAGCAAAGUUGGCGCUUGCAGUGCUCAGGUCUGAAGAGCAAGAUGUGGAUGUCAUGGCGCCGCAGAAGGAUACUAGGUCCGCUUCCGUCGAUACGUGGUCAUUCAAGACGCGAAAUUCACUGAUGUUUGCGCCAGAUGCAGAUGUCACACCGUAUCGCAUUGUCCCCAAUAGCAAGCCGGAUUCGCGUGUUAUCGUUCAUAACAGCACGCGGUUAGUAGAACACGACGAUUCAGAUUCUCGCUUUCGUUCUGCUUCAGCCCCGCCAAGUCCAACACGAAGUCACAUCAAUGCAGCCAUUACGGGCACACCUUAUCGGCCAAGGUCGCCCACAAUCAACAAUUUCUCUCUUGUGCCGAACCUUCCUUCCCCAACGCCUGAACAGCUUGGACCAAAAGCAGUCAAGCAACUGAUGACAUGGGGAACACUCAACGCUACUCCACGCGUGAUCUCUCAGACGGACGAUUUACCUCCGCCCAACACACCCUUUCACAUCGCCAAGCCAACGAGUCGUGAGGAAAUCUCGUAUAAGCUGGCCAACAAGGCAUCCAAGAGCCUACGCAUGAAGGCUGGACUAAUGGGGCUGGGUCGGACCCCGGUCAUCGGUGGUACAGCACGGAAAGGGACUAUGGGACCACCAAUUGGGACGCCACGACGGUCAGAGGCUGCGGGUAAUCUCACACCGGCUGCUCGACGAUUACUUGAUCGCACCCUGGGUACUGCUGCUACUCGUCGUGCCGAGGCAAUGGACAGGGUUGCUGGUUGGGAGAGUGGUCAGAAGAGGGAUCAGGAUCUAAAUCGUGUGCGAUGGACACCUACACCAAGUGCCGGUAAAUAG